AUGUUGUUCAAUUUGGCUUCAAGUUUAUUAGCUGCUGCUUCUUUAUUCCAAGCUGUUAAAGGUGAAGAUUUACCAGCUAUUGAAGUUAUUGGUAAUAAAUUCUUUUAUUCCAAUAAUGGUUCUCAAUUCUUCAUGAAAGGUAUUGCUUAUCAACAAGAUACUGCUAACGUCACAGAUGGUGAAGGUUAUAAAGAUCCUUUAGCUGAUGUUGAAAGUUGUAAACGUGAUAUCCCAUAUUUAGCUGCUGUUGAUACAAAUGUUAUCCGUGUUUAUGCUUUGAAUGCUUCACAAGAUCAUACUGAAUGUAUGACUGAAUUAGCCAAGAAUGGUAUCUAUGUCAUUGCUGAUUUAUCAGAGCCAGGUUUAUCAGUUAACAGAGAUUCUCCAACUUGGACCGUUGAAUUAUAUAACCGUUAUACCCAUGUUGUUGAUGAAUUUCAAAACUAUACCAAUGUUUUAGGUUUCUUUGCAGGUAACGAAGUCACCAAUGAUAAUACCAACACAGAUGCUUCAGCUUAUGUUAAAGCUGCUAUUAGAGACACCAAAGCUUAUAUCAAAGACCAAGGUUAUAGAGAUAUUCCAGUUGGUUAUUCUUCAAAUGAUGAUGAACCAACAAGAGUUGCCAUUGCUGAUUAUUUUGCAUGUGGUGAUGAUGAUGUUAAAGCUGAUUUCUAUGGUAUUAAUAUGUAUGAAUGGUGUGGUGAAUCAACUUUCCAAAAAUCUGGUUAUGCUGAUCGUACUGAAGAAUUUGCAAAUUUAUCAGUUCCAAUUUUCUUCUCAGAAUAUGGUUGUAAUGAAGUUUCACCAAGAGAAUUCACUGAAGUUGCAGCCUUAUACAGUGAUGAAAUGACUGAAGUUUGGUCUGGUGGUAUUGUUUAUAUGUAUUUUGAAGAAGCUAACAACUAUGGUUUAGUUUCUAUUUCAAAUGGUGAUGUUAAAACUUUAGAAGACUAUGCUCAUUAUUCAAGUGAAAUUAAAAAAGUUUCUCCAUCAGCUGCAACUGCUUCAGAUGCUUCAGAAUCUGCAACUUUAUUAUCAUGUCCAACUCAAUUUAGUGACUGGAAAGCCUCAACUGAAUUACCACCAAUUCCAAAUGAAGGUUUAUGUGAAUGUAUGCAAGAAUCUUUAGGUUGUGUUGUUAGUGAUGAUGUUGAUUCUGAAGAUUAUGGUGAUUUAUUUGGUACUGUCUGUGGUUUAGUUUCAUGUGAUGGUAUUUCAGGUAAUGGUACCACUGGUGAAUAUGGUGCUUUCUCACCAUGUAGCUCAAAACAACAAUUAUCAUUUGUUUUGAAUUUAUACUAUAAAGAAAAUGGUUCAUCUGCUAGAGCUUGUGACUUUGAUGGUUCAGCUUCAACUAAAUCAGCUUCAACUGCUUCAUCAUGUGCUUCAGCUUUAAGUGAAGCUGGUUCUGAAGGUGUUGGUUCAGUUACCCAAUCUUUGAGUGCAUCUGGUUCCCGUUCAAGUGGUUCUUCAGGUUCUUCAGGUUCAGGUUCAGGUUCUUCUUCAUCUUCAUCAGCUUCUUCAUCAAGCUCUGGUUCCGGUUCAUCAUCUGGUGCCUCAUCAUUCAAAAAUGGUCAAAUCUUCACUUCAAUCAUGGCUUUAUUGGUUGUUGGUAGUUUCACAGCCAUUUUAGUUUAG